AUGGGUGCCUACUACGCAAGCAGCCUCAAGCGCCAGUUUGCAUAUGCCAACUCACCUGCUAUCCGACGUCUUGACAGGGGCCAGCUGCAAGUGACACGGGCAAGGCUGCAGAGGUCGGACCGGACAAUCAAGACCCGUCGUUCCUACACCAACAAAUCCGGAAAGCUUUGCUAUCAAGGGACGAAGGAGCUGAAAGCCACAGAGAAAUAUCCCGUGCUGUUCGGCCUGGCCAUUGCGAAGAUCUUUGAGGAGCUGAAGGCGCUACAGGCUGAACUUGCUAUCCUGGACAAGAAGCCCAUCCGCAUGGCCUCCAUUUCGACUUUGUCUUUGGACUCCCGAGAGGUCGAUGAGCCACCGACACCGGUGCCUCCUCCAGCCAUCCCAGCCGUGGCCCCACCGCCUGAGUCGGGAGGUGUGCCGGCAGAUGAGCCACCGGCCGCUGCAGAUCCGACGGGAUAUCCUGUGGGCCUCAUCAAGAAGAAGAAGGCUAAGCGCCCUCCGACGAGGCGUGCAACUUGUCCGACUUUGGAGAUGCUGAAGAAUGCCGCGAAACAGCGCAUUCGCCGCAUGGUCAGACCGAAGACGAAACGUUCAGACCUAAUGGUGCCGGCCUGGGUGGCUGACCAAUGGCACAAAGGGACUUCUCAGAAGGAGGCCAUGGCCGCCCUCCUUCAGGAAGUGAACUGGGACAAGACAUCGUUCCUGAACGAGCUCGAGAAAGUGGUGAAGCGCACCCGCGAGAUCGAGAUUGUGAAGGAUCAAGGUUGGUACUCGCAGAGUGAGAUGAAGACAGAUCUCAAGUGGCAAAGGAUCACUGCCGCAGUGGCCCAUUGCGAGAAGAACCCGUCCCUCUUGAUAAGGAGGAACGUCUACGACGGCGUCCUGGAGUACUGGGUGACGGUCAGGGAAACGGGCCGGCAUGUCGAGAACCUGAAGGAGGAGGAGAUUCAGAGGAGCAGGAGUGAAGCUGCCAACCCCGUGGAACUGCCCAAGGAUGCUUUCGCUGGCUUCGACAACAUGACCAAGCGGGUUCUCCCGGAGCCGGCAGGACCUGAUGGGAGUGGAGAUGCCAAGAAGUCUGAGGGUGAGGAUUUGAACAAAAAAUAUUCCAAGGCCACGGAGAUGACUGAGUUCGAACCCCAGUAUGUGGCCUUGAACAGCGAAGCUCGCGCUUCCAGGCAUGUCAAGGCCUUGGAGGAUGGCAUCACGAAAUUGGAGAAGGAGCAUGACAAGCUCAACUUGCAUUGGGCACAAGCGGCUCCGGUCACCUCUGCGAUUCGAGCUGCCCGUGCGGUGCUUGAAGAAGUGCCAGAGGCUGUGGGCUCCAGCAUCAGGAUUAUGGCUGGGUGCAAAGAAAACAACAGCGAGCGUGACGCCCACAGAGUUGCCAGACAGUGCCGGCUGACGCUACCCAUCAUGAUUACUGAAGUCAUGCUUCAUGGAUGGCCAGUUCCCUUGAUUUUGCUCAGUGCAUGGCUCACGAUUUUGCUGGGUCGGAACCUCCUGCAUACACUGUCUGGGCUAACCCACCCCGACCUCACAAGGUGUCACUCGACCUGGAAGUGUUUCUGGGCCCGAUAUCAGAAGAUCCACCCGCACCAUGAUAUAUUCCGCAGAGCAGCUGCAGGAGAGGUUGAUUUGUCAAGGACGGUUGGCCUGAUUUUGCAUGGGGAUGAAGGCCGCACGAAGAAGAAGUCGGCCAUCCUUGUAGUGUCAUGUCACUCGAUACUAGGUUAUGGCAGCAAUGCAGCAGCAGAUGCACACCCCGAGCCAUUCUGCAAACAGUACCUCAACCUGACUCGCCACACCUUAUCUACCCGCUGGAUUCUCGGCUGCCUUCCUAAAACCUACUACGAGUGUGAAGACGGUGAUCGGUUCUUCCAGGAUUACCUCGAUGUUUUCGUGCAGGACUUUCUCCAAAUUUACGAGAAAGGCAUCAAAGCAGUGACUGGUGAAGUAUAUCAUUUCGUGAUAUUGAAUGUCAUCGGGGAUUGGCCUUGGUUGACAAAGGCCUUCGGACUACUGCGAAAUUUCCAGAACUGCUCCAAGCAGGAGUCUUCGAAGGCCGCGCCGAAGGGGAUCUGUCAUUGCUGCAAGGCCGAUAUGGAGAAUUAUCCGUUUGAAGAUUUUGUUUCGGCCUCUCCAGCCUGGCGUGAGACCAUCAAUCAAGAAAGAGCGUAUCGGGGCUCUCCGAGUUUGUGGUCGCUGCCAAAGGAUCCUACGGAUGAAACCGCAUUCCUGGGACAAGAUAUCUUCCACGGCUUUCACUUAGGCGGCCAUGGAGCCUCCCGCCCGAAAGGGCAGGGCAAGGCGAAGAAGUGGGCUAGCACCACGAGUGAGGACAACGAGACGGAUACGGAUCUUGGGCGACCGCCCUCACAGGAGAGCUCCUAUGAGGGCUAUGGGCUGUCGCUCAACCUCCAGCACGCCACGCCGUGGGACGAUAUCACGGCGGAGGCGGAGAGGCAGCUGGAUAUUCCGGAGCAGAUCUAG